UCGCGGCCCACGAAGAUGGUCCGGUUCACGGCGAUCAUCGGCCAUGAGAACGUAACGACGAACGGAAGCAAGCACACAGCAUACAUCCUGGAGGUGCAGAUCGACAAUCUGUUCUACAUUGUGCGCCACCGGUACCACGAGUUCAAGGACCUGCACGACACACUGGUCAAGGAAGGGUACAAGUGCAAUGCUGUCCCGCCCAAGAAACUCAUCGGGUCGUUCAACCCGGACUUCAUCCUGAAGCGCGAGAAGGAGCUGAGCGCGUGGCUCCUCCAAGUGUGCGAGUCGCCGGCGUCGUCGAGCGAAGCACUCAAGAGCUUUCUGCUGGAAUACAAAGAACCGCGCAUGGUGCUGCCGCCAACCGAUGUCACAGUCAACCAAGUGCCCCGACCCCCGCCCGCCGUGCCGACCAACGUGGCGGUCGCGGCGCCGCCUUCGGACACCGCCACGGACGAAGAGCUCGAGAAGGAAAUCGAGGACGAAAUUGCGCUCUACAACACGCCCAAGACGUCCAUCGACGACUUUGAGCUGCUCAAGGUCAUCGGGAAAGGCAGCUACGGCAAGGUGACUCUCGUCCGCAAAAAAGACAACAGCAAGUUGUUCGCCAUGAAGACGCUCAACAAGUCGAACGUGAAGCGGCGCAACCAGGUCGAGCACACGCGGACAGAGCGCCGCGUCCUCGGCUUUGGCAAGCAUCCCUACAUUGUGCACCUUCACUACGCGUUCCAGACCAAGCAAAAGCUGUACUUUGUGAUCGACUACUGUCCUGGCGGCGAGCUCUUUUUUCACUUGAGCCGCAUGGAGCGGUUCCCAGAGCCGAUGGCAAUGGUGUACGCUGCCGAAAUCACGCUCGCAUUGGACCACUUGCAUUCGUUGGGCGUCGUAUAUCGGGAUUUGAAGCCGGAAAACAUAUUAUUCGACGCAGUCGGCCACGUCCUCUUGGCGGAUUUUGGCCUGGCAAAGGAAGGCAUUACAGAAGGCGCAGAAGGCACGAACUCGAUGUGCGGGACGCCCGAGUACCUUCCGCCCGAGAUUCUCGACCGCGUCGGCCACGGCACGUCGGUCGACUGGUGGGCGCUCGGUACGUUGUUUGCUUGCCAUUCAUCCAGUGACGAGCCUGUGCAGGCAUGGUCUUGUACGAAAUGCUGACGGGGCUGCCGCCAUGGUAUACGCGGAACCGGCAAAAGUUGUUUGAUCGGGUGCGCCACGCGCCGCUGACGUUUCCCGAGUACGUGAGUCCGAACGCGCAGUCGUUGAUCGCGGGCUUGCUCAACCGGAAUCCCGUCGACCGACUCGGAAACGCGACCGUGAACGACAUCAAGACCCAUCCGUUCUUUGCCACGAUCGAUUGGGACAAGUUGAUGCUGCGACAGGUCCCGGCGCCGUUCAACCCGUGCGCGACGUUGGCCAGCAACGACGAGACCAAAAACUUUGAAGCUGACUUCACCAAGAUGCAGCUCCACUCGGUCCCGGACGCAUCCAACAUGCAAGGGAGCAGCUACCGCGCCUCCAUGGACGCCCGCAACUCGAUGACGUUCCAAGGCUUCACCUACAACACGCCGAGCGACCUCAACGACAUUAGCGAGCGCAACUCGACCUUGACGCAGUUCUAGCCACGGCGGACACGUCGUCAAUAUAAAAACAAAAUAGAUGGUCGCGUCCCGGUACAAUCCAUAGUGCGAACUGUGUCGUAGGUGGCGCUGCCGCCAACGACGCGUCGUUGAAACGCAACUGGUGUGGUUCGUGACGCAAGCGACGGCCGGCGGCCGCAAGACACGGCCUCGUCCACCACGACGCCAAAAGUCUCGACGACGUCCGAGCGUGAAGCCGGCGACGUCAUUGCCCCCGAACCGUCCGUCACGGUGCAAGGCUGCCUAUGUCCUUGGGACAUUCCUGGCACGGCGAUGAAUGCUUCGGUCGCGGGUGCUCACCGCAGCGCGAAGGCGCUACAUUGCUCGAAGGACUGCGGAAACGAGCGCUGCUCUUGCCUCAUGGACGAGCCCAGACAACACCAGCCUUCCAUCAUGGCCCAUGCCGUCCAAAGGAGCGACGGCAAACGCGGCGGCAUCGCGACACCCCCGACGACACGAUCGACCCGUCCAAAACCAGCCACACCGUCGGCGGCCAACGGGGGCGCCGUGUUCAUAAAAAUACGGUCGGCGGGCCGACGACUUCGUUACAUGGUGUACAUGGCGGACUGGCUCGCCAUGCUGCUGCUGCUCGUGUCCUCGAGGAGGGCGAUUGUGUUGACGCUGCUGCUGUUGGUCGCGUACAUGUGUUGGUUGUCGUAGUCGACGUCGCACCGCGUGUACUUUAAGAUGUAGUCGCAGUCCAUUUGUUGCAAGUUGCCGACAAAUGGGACGUGGGGAUGGCGAAUGUCCUUGAUGUCUUCGGUGGCGACGCGUUGGAGGGACCGAAUGAGUUCGCCGAUGGUCGGGCGCUCGGUGGGCUCGACGUGCCAGCACAGGUGGAUCAGGACCUUCCAUCGCGGCGGACAUGAGUGUGGCGCGAUGGACGGACGCUUCCCGUCCAAGAUGGCGCGCUCGAUUUCGUGGUUCCACCGGAGUUGUUCGUACGGAAGCUCCUUGCCGUCGAUCAUUUCCCACAGAAUCACCCCCAGCGAGUAAAUGUCAAUCUUUUCCGUGUACAGCUUCUUGCUUUGAAUCACUUCGGGCGCCAUCCACCGCGUCGUCCCGACGAGGCCGGUCAUCUCGACCGACUUGAUCUGUGGGUUCUGGUUCCGGACGAUCUCGGCGAGGCGGAGCGUUCCAAAGUCGGCAAUUUUGGCGUGCCACGUUUCGUCGACAAGGAUGUUGGGGCUCUUGAGGUCGCGAUGAAUCAUGCGCGAAUUGUGCAAGUACUGAAGGCCGUACGCGAGUCCGAGCGCGAGGCGAAUCUUCAUCGGCCACAGCAGCGGCGACCGCAGGACGUCGCGUAGCGACCCGCGCGCGCAGUACUCGCUGACAAUGCAAAUCGACCCAUGGUAGAACCCGGCCUCCAUGAACAACACAAUGUUUGGAUGCGUCAACCGCUUCAUCACGAGCGCUUCCUCUUGGAUUUCCUGGUUGCAUUCAUGCACAAACGCGGCGUCCGCGAGGGCGUCGUCGUCGACAAACAGCGUUUUCAUCUUGACCGCGACGACCGCGCCGCGCCACGUGCCUUUGUACACGACUGCGAUCCCCUGUCCGAUCUGCGGCCCGAUCUCGAGACCGACGAGCUCCUUGGGAGGCGGCAGGUUUCGGCUCGACUGGGCGGCUUGCGGCCCUAGCAUUAGAUGGAGAUGAUGGCGGUGGCUCAGAUUCGACGGUUGUUUCGAUAACGGCGAACACCACGGCAGCCGACUCGAGUACACAAGGGACGUCCCGAGCGGCCACAAUGCAAAUAGCACGCUCGCAAUUUGGCCGAACAAGUCGGCCGGAAUCGAGUCUUCCGAGGCGGCGGCGGAUGUCGCGUUCGUGUCGGGACUGGACGAUGGCGGUAGCGCCAGCGACAACACGUCGUUCGUGAUGUUGGGGGUGACGCAACCGACGAAAAGCAGCAUGUACCCGACCAACUUGCCAAGGAUAAUGGAUUGACCGAGUUGGCCCGUGCGAAGUUUGUGGGCACGCACGGCGCACAGCCCGUACGACACAGUGACGAGAGUGACCACGGCGAACGCGUCCCAAAUGAUGCGCGCCAGUUUGUUCAGUUGCUCGAUGGUACACAGCAACGCGUACGACUCAAGGGCCAUGUAUAGCAUGACGCAUGUCCACACGACGGCAUGGGCGUACGCGAUCUCAAACGACGGGUGGCGCGCUUGCCGCGACAAGAUGUACAAGACGAGUGUCGCGGUCCACAGGAACGACGAGAUCUCAAAGCUCCAGUGCGGGGCGCCAAGGAAGAUGUGGAUUGCCCAGUUGGAUACGUCCAGGACACGGGCUAUCGUGAAGAGGGCGCCUGUUGUGGAAAAGAUGAAGUCGGACAUGGCGGUGAAGCACAGGAUCUUGGACGAGGUGGUCGGGCUAUUCCGCAGCGACAGGAGCAUGAACAGCGCGCCACACGACGACAACACUUGGCAGCAUAUCUUGACGAUGGUGACGACGAGUUGCGAAGGCUCGAGCGAUGCUGCCAUCGCAUGUGCCGACAGACCAGUCACCGACCACGCCGCGCUAGAGUCAGUGCACGAAACUUCGAGUAA